ACACACACACACACACAUACACACACACACACACACACACACACACACACACACACAAACACACACUGAGUUGAAUUUACAUGUCAGUUAUAAUGCAAAGUUGGGCCCAGGCUGACUAGAAAGGAAGAAGACCCACCCCCUCCACAGAACAUUUAGCAGACCCUCCUGGCCUGGCUGAUAGUGAGAGUCUGCAUUCAAGGCGCAUACACACAGACAGACGUACACACAUGACUGCCUGCUUACUUUCUCCCGGACAGGAGGACUUGUGAUUCUGCAGAGGACGUGCUAGAGAUGGAUGCUUAGUUUGACCUGGCAAUGAAGCCACUGACCUUACUGGGGUCAUGAGUUGUGUCUGCCCUUCAGCUCAAUGUAACUUGAAUUCCUGGAGUUCAGUCCAAUCUACCCCUCACCUAUGCCUGCAGGACCAUGGGUAGUGUCAGCAGCCUCAUCAACGGCAACAGCCUAAACAGCAAACACUGUAAGGCAUCUGACUACGGGUUAAAAAAGGAAGUAAACCCUCACAGAAAGAGUGGAGGUUGCAGCCUUGACAGUUUACUCAGGUGUGGCUUCACUCAGGGCUCCUCAUCUACCAAUCAUCCUUCUAAAGGCCUGACCUACUCCCGCUCCGGACGAAGUGAAGAUUUUUUUUACAUUAAGGUGAGCCAUAAACCGAGGUCAGCGUACAACAAAGGGGGAUCAAUGGAAGACAACGGAGUUGAAAAGAAUAAAGAGCGAGAAUCAGAUGGUCAACUGCAACCAAAACUGCUGCUCAUGUCGGGGAACAGGACUCAAAGAACUUCUGCUGAGAAGUCAUUGGUCCGUUCCACUGCCUUCAAGCCUGUGAUUCCCAGGAGUACGACCUCCACAGAGACAGGCCAACACAGCCUGGACCGCAUCCUUUGUCCUCAGGAGAAAUCCAGGAGUCCAGGGACUCUCUCAGACUCUGGACGUAACUCCAUGUCUAGCCUGCCAACUCACAGCACCAGCGGCAGCCUAAGUGCUUCCACAGGCCCUGUCAGUCAAAGUGACAGCAGCUCCGCUCCUUCAAACAGCCUCAGCAAGGGAGUGCAGCCCAAUUUCCCUCCAUGGGUCAACGGGAACGGAGCUAACCUUGACUGUAGCUACAGGGCUGGUUCAAACAGUUGGGGGUUAGCAUCUAAGGCUAAUGGGUAUUCUGCUGCUCUGCUUUGUGCAGAUGAGGCGAGAACUCUCUCUCAAACUGCAGGUGGGAUUCGCUCCCCUAUUACUACAGAUGAGUCACUGAUUGAACAUUUGGAACAAAGACUACUGGAGCAAGAGACUGAACUGCAGCAGCUUCAGGUGAAUUUUGACGAGAAGGAAGCAGACACCUGCCAGCUGUUUGAGGAAAAACAAAAGUACUGUGUAGAGGAGAUGGAGGUGCUGAAGCAGAGAUGCUCCACAAAACUACGACAAGUGUCCCAAAUGGCAGCAAAAACCCAGCAAACGCUACAACUGCAGGUCAAUCAGCUCAAGGUAGAGAAAGAGCGACUACAGGAGGACGUCUCAAAGUUAACCCGAGAGAAGGAUCUCAUGGAGCUCAGGCUGAGGUGUUAUGAGACACAGAGCACACAGCUCACUCCAACACUUGAGGAAACUCAAUGGGAGGUGUGCCAGAAGACAGGGGAGAUCUCAUUGUUGAAGCAGCAGCUGAGAGACUGCCAGACUGAUGUCAGCCACAAGCUCAAUGAGAUUGUCAACCUGAGGGCCUUACUGAGGGAAAAUGCCGCAAAGAUGGAGACACUGGAGAAACUAAGUAAAGAGCAUGAGGACAAACUCUACUCCCGCACCAUAGAGGCCGAGGUAUGCCAAAAUGAACUCCAGCGCAAGAAGAACGAGGCUGAUCUGCUGAGAGAGAAAGUAGGCAAACUGGAGACGGACAUUGAAGGGAUGAAACAGGAUCUGGCCUUGGCUAAAGAGCAGAGGCUGCAGCACAGUGCACAACAAGAGGCCUGUGCCCAGACCCAGGCCUUGGAAAGACUAAUCCAAGGCCCAGACUACCCAACCGAAGGCCAAGGGCAGGAGAACAGCGGACAAAACUCCACAGAAUUACUCCAGAGGGAAGUGGAGAGACUGAAGCAGCAGCUCAGCAAGGAGAAGGAUGCUCAGGAGAGGCAGGCCAACAGCUUUGAGCAGGAGAGGCUCACGUGGAACAAGGAGAAGGACAGGGUCAUCAAGUAUCAGAAGCAGCUCCAGAUCAACUACCUGCAGAUGCACAAGAAGAACCGAGACCUGGAGAGGAUCCUGAAGGAGCUCACUGCUGAACUGGAGAGCCGGGCGGAGCUAGGCAUGGAAUUCAACUACAGCUCAGGGUUACAAACAUAUGACGACGUUAUUGCCACAGAGAUUUGAUAGCACAACCAGUUAAAGGGAAAUGGGCACUUGACCGUGAUUUACCACAAAUAUUUAUGAUACUUUUACACCUGCAGAAUAUUAGAGUUUUACAAUGCUUAUUUAUUAGUAUGUGGUAAUCUUGUGACACUUUUAGUUGUUAUUUCAUGUUUACAUUCUUUUUUUUUUACAACGCUGUCUGUCAUUCACCAUUAAAAUUAUAAACAUUU